UAGUUGUUAGCAUUAAGAAAAGAAAGAAUGAUCGGACAGUCACGCCCUGGUGGUAUGAUGUCUGCCUGUCAUGCACAAACUGGUCUAGAUUCUAGAUUCUGCAGAGGGGGGGGAAGGUGUUUCAUUCUGGGAGAAAUGGUGGGGAAACCAUUCCCCUACAACCUACAUCUCUUGUAUAAUACACAAGGGACACAUAUAUUAUCGUACACAUCAACCACUACAGGGUCCAAUGAGAUUCUGAGGCUCAGUUUCAGCUGGGAGGAAGACAACCUUCCAGCCCACCUAAUCAGCGAAGUCUUGACUAUCCCCCCUCCCUACACUUUGUACGGAUAACGUGUUGUAGACGGUGGGCAUUCCUGGAUCCUCGAUAUGCCCUGCACCUCCCCACUGAAUCAUGUUUCAACCAUCAACCAUCAUCAAGCAAGCAAGCAAAUAUGCUCCAUGCGCAAUGCGUACUUCCAAAACAGAGUCUCAGUCCACUUCCCCCUCCGCCCUCCUUCACCAUCAACUGGACUGGGAAGAGAAGCUGCUGACCAUAGUGGAUGAAUCUCGGUUCAAUGGCUACCUGAAUACCAUACCCUAUAAGAAAGGGACUGAAAACUAUCUCUCUUGUCCUAUCAAACGUAUCAAGAUAGAUCCCCCCCCGGGGAGGUGGAGUUCAUAUCCAAGGAAAGCAAAAGCUCAUCAUCGAGAUAGUCCAUUGUUCGACUGCACACAUUACACCAGCAGAGCAAGACUGCCUCAGAUCAGGCAGAUUGGGAAAGUUUAUGAGCUGGGGCCCGACGGACGAUCCACCACUUCGUCAUUGAGGGGCCCCGAGUACCAGGCGCCUUUGCUUGCUCCAUCCGAAACUUCCAAAUCACGAUCCCUGCAUGAGAAGUGUCCGGAUGCGUGAAAUAAACAAGUGACGGAUGCUUGAUGAUUAGCCCGACCUCAACAGAC